AUGCAAACAAAACAGAGAAGGACGAUGAGUACGAUGAAGCCAAGCCGAAGCGACGAAGUAGCCGACCCGGAUCAGCAGAUCAAGAACUCGAAUCAGAUCAGGGCUGAUUUCGACUCCUUGGCUCCUAAACGACCCACUAAACCCACCCGGAGCGAACCUGGACCUCCCGGAUCUUUCUCUACUUCCGACAAAACCACCGAUCAUCCAGAGGCUGACAAAUUUCAAUCUCUCCAGUCACAAACUCAUGGUCAUAUUCUGGGUGAGGGAGAUUCUUCUGCAGUUCAAGACGAGUUCUUGGAGACAGAGUAUUAUACGAAUCUCACCGCCAUUGAUAAGCAACAUCACACGACCGGAAGUGGGUUUAUAAAUGUGGUUAAUGAAGACGCCGGUGAAGAUGCCGUCACAGCCCCUGCCGCAGCAACCGAAGACGGAGGAGAAAAGGCGGUUUACAAAAGCAAUCCGGCGACGAACGAGUGGAUCCCUGCGGCGGAGGAAGACCAUGCCUCCGAGUAUUCGUCUAAACCAAACCGGAGCGAGAGUUCUUGA